UUGUUUGCCUGAUCAAUGUACAUCUUUUUGUAGGAUCUAAACAGGGUUUCUUGUCUUUUCUUCCCUCUUCAGUUGAAGUAUGGCUUCCAGCAAAUGUUUAUUCACACAGACAUACAUAGAAGCAAAUUUGAGUUAGAUUGCUUUCAGUAGGAAUUAGUUUCCAAAGUUGUCAUGGGAGAAAAUUGAGUAUUGCAUAAGAUUUUGAUCUGUUUCUAUAUAAUAAAUCUGCCUAUUUUCCUUUGAGGAGAAUGUAUAGCACUCAGGAUUGUUUUCAUUUCAAAUAAAUAGUACUUUUCCUUGGUGGAACUGGUCAAAUACUUAGAUGCCGUGCUAUAUUAUAUUGCUAAACAAUUGUCUUACCAUGGUCUUCUGUGAAUGUGCUUGUAAAACUUGCUAUAAUUUAAUUGAUUCUAUUCUAUUUUUAAUUUUCUGUUGCCUUAACAUAAACUUGUAGAAUAAGAUGUUAAUAUUUUGAGAUAAUUAGGACAGAUAUUUCAUUGAGUUACAUUUCAUUGUCAUUAUUUAUUGAGUUACAAUAUAAAUUGGUAUAUGCUAUUUGUAAUUUAAUGUUUUCUACUUUUAUAGUUUUAUUUUAAGAAACAUCCACAAUGAGUGACAAAAAAGAAACCAGUGAAUCUACAGACACGGGAGAUACCACAGAAGGUGGUGACUAUGAAGAUGAUUUUGAGAAAGAUCUUGAGUGGCUAAUUAAUGAAGAAGAAAAAGAAAUUUCUGAUGAUAUACAGAAUCAUGAUGACAAUGAAGAGGAUUUCGAAACAAACACUGACAAAGACUUUGAAGAUAGAAAAAAUCCUUCACAAGAUUCUCUUGAGCCUGAAGAAAUACUGAAGGAUGAGGAACGAAAUUCUUCACAAGAACCUCCUGAGCCUGAGGAAGCUCUAAAUGAUGCAUCACAAAAUGAAAUACAUUCUAUAUUUGAACUUGAUCCUAAGGCAUUAGAACCAGCAUCUGAUACAGAUAGCGAAAGCUCUGGUCAGGAAUCAAGGCUAGAAGACAAGGAGGAAGAUGAUGAAGAAGAUAUAAAGCGUUAUAUCUUAGAAAAAAUUGAAGAAGCUAACAAACUUCUGUUGGGUCAGGACCCUUUAGAUGAAACAAAAGAAAGAAAACUAAAAUUCAACGAAAGUAUAGUAGAACUAGAAGUACCAUCUCUGACAAAUACAGAAGGGGAUAAAAAUGAUCCUAACAGGGAACAAAACAUUGCAGGUAGACUGUCUCAGUUGCGCAUUUCUAAUGAAACAGGACAGGAAGAUAUAGCUCUGUCCAUUAAUGGUGGUAUGGAUGAUGAACACAAAGAUGGCAAGAUCCUAGUAGAAAGAGAUGGGAAAUUUGAACUCUUGAGUAUCCGCGACAUUGAAAGUCAAGGCUUAUUUCCUCCUCUGAGUAUUUCUUUCAGUGACAUUGAAACUCAACAUGUUUCUUCUAAAAGUUCGUAUGCUAGUGCUUUUGGUCCAAAAGACGAGUCCUUCUUGCAAACACCUAUAACAACUUGUUCUCCUUCCAAAGAACGAUAUUUUUUUUUCCCUCAACCACCACCUAUUCGACCAAGCUCUGCCAUCAAUAUUACGAGGAAUAUAGAACGGGGAAGAAGCCCUCGCAGGGUCCAGUCAGCAAAUAUGAGACUUGGUGUAAGAAGUUCUACAUUCUGCUUAUCACCCAGGCAAAAAGAGCUGCAAAAACAAAUAGAGCAAAGAAGAGAGAAAAUAAGAAGAGAGGAAGAAAACCAAAAAAAGAUGCUAGAAGAUGAAAAAAAGAAAGAAAAUGACCGAGUCUUCCAGGCUUGGCUACAAAAGAAAAAAAGCCAAAUGCUGCAGGAGAAAAGAGUUCAGCGUGCAAAGGAAAUGGAGAACUUAAACAGCAGGGAGAAUAGAAAUCCAGAUGAAGCUUUCAAAUUAUGGCUUAAAAGAAAGCAGCAGGACCAGAUGAAAGAAAAACAGAUGCAAACGCUGAAGGAGCAAGAAGAGGGCAUGUUCUUCCUUCCAAGAACUGAAAAUGACAAAGCUUAUAAACAAUGGCUAAGGAGGAAGAGACGUGAGAGGCGAGAAGAGCAACUAGUUGCUAGAGAACGAUCCAAACAGUUUAGGCAAGAAGCCAGAAGAGCAAAGCAAAUAGAAAAUAUUCUGCAUUCAAUUUCUGAACCAAAGUCCCUUCGCUUUCCAGAUCAGUACUGCUGAGAUUUAGAAGCCCUGGAUCCCUAGUAUUCCAGAAUAUCUUGCAUCGCUUGAGAUUGCCUGUUGGAAGUGGUUUCUCUUCUGGAAUGUUUUGAAGUCCUUCAAUAAUGGCUUAAUUUUCUCUAUCUUAGUAAUUUUCCCCAUCUUAAACUUGGAAUAACUAUCUAUUUGUGAAUAGAUCGGGAUUGCCUUCUCAGUUCUAUAAAACUUACAUAAAAUAAAUACUCCUCCUGUAAAUAUGGUGUAGUUUUUUUAAGAAUUAGUUUAUCUCCCAACUUACCAUUUUCAUACCUGGAAUUUGGUUAGAGAUGCUAUACCACCAAUCACAGCUGUAUCAAACAAAAAAAUGGCUGCAUAAUACUAUGCCAUAGCAUUAUCUGGAAGUC